AUGGGAGCUCUUGCAAGUCUCACUUAUCUAGACUUGUCUUACAACCAUAUUAGUGGUGCCAUUCCAACUGAAAUUGGAUUUCUUGAUAAUAUUGUCUAUUUGGACUUGUCUAACAACAAUCUUAGUGGGAUCAUUCCAUCAUCGAUAAAAGAUCUUCAAUAUCUCACUUAUCUGAACUUGUCUUGUAACAAUUUCACUAAUGGUGAUACAGAAUUACUUUGGCCGAAGGAGAUACAUAAAGGCUCAAAUUCUUUGUUGAAAAUCAUUAUUCCUUUGACAAUUUUUCUUGUGAUCACAUGUGUUGUGGGUUUCAUCUUAUUUAAAUCAUUCAAAAAGAACAAGAAAUCCAUAAGUGAGACAAGAGAAGCCAAAAAUAGAGAUUUGCUUUCCAUAUGGAACUAUGAUGGAAAAAUUGCAUAUGAAGAUAUAAUUGAUGCAACAGAGGACUUUGACAUUAAAUAUUGUAUCGGAACUGGUGCCUAUGGAAGUGUUUAUAGAGCACAACUUCCAAGUGGCAAAAUUGUAGCAUUGAAAAAGCUUCAUAGAAGAGAAUAUGGAAACACAUCUUUUGCUAGGAGUUUUCACAAUGAAGUAAAGAUGUUGAGUGAAAUUCGGCAUCGUAAUAUUGUAAAGCUUUAUGGUUUUUGUUUACAUCAUCAGUGCAUGUUCCUCAUCUAUGAAUACAUGGAAAGAGGAAGCCUUUUUUAUGUGUUGAAUAAUGAUGACGAUGCUAAAGAGUUGGAUUGGAGCAAGAGAGUGAAUGCAAUCAAAGGAAUAGCAAAUGCUUUGUUCUACAUGCAUCAUGGUUGUGCUCCUCCAAUUAUCCAUCGAGACAUAACAAGUGGUAAUGUGUUGUUAAACUCAAACAUGGAUGCUUUUCUAUCUGACUUUGGCACAGCUAGAAUCAUUGAUCCAGAUGCAUCUAACCAAACUCUUCUAGUUGGUACUUAUGGUUACAUUGCUCCAGAGCUUGCAUACACCUUAGUUGUAACUGAAAAAUGUGAUGUUUAUAGUUUUGGAGUGAUGACAUUGGAAACAAUCAUGGGAAGACAUCCUGGAGAUUUGAUAUUGUCUUUGUCAAAGACAUGUUCUGAAAGCAUUUGGCUAAAAGAUGUGGUAGACCCACGUAUCCCAUUGCCAUCACGAAAAGAUGCACGAGAUGUAACUCUUUUGGUAGCAAUAGCAUUAGCAUGCUUAAAUCCAUCUCCCCAGUCUCGGCCAUCAAUGAAACUAGUGUUUCAAAGGCUUUUAUCCUCCAACCUACCAUUAGUCAUUCCUUUCAAUAAUAUUACAAUCCAUCAUUUAGUGAAUCAAGAUGUAUAA